AUGACAUGGAAAGUAGAGAAAGAAGGCUCAGACUAUGGAGUAUACCUUAUAAGGCAUAUGGAGUCAUACAUGGGGGAAAAUGAAGGGCGAUGGGAUUUCGGUUUUACAGGGAAAAAACAGAGUGAUGUACUUGCUUUAGAUAAUCUAAGAAUCAAGCACAUGGCAAAGCUUAUGAAAUCGCAGUACAACAUACAUAAAAGUAUGUUGGAGAAAGAUGCAGAAGAAUAUGAGAAGCUCGAUCCAUUGCAGAAAAUAGCUCUGAUGAAUGAAGUCAAGGAAAGCAGGGAGAAGCAGAGGCGUGGAAGGCUUCUAUUUUAA